CUACUCUUAUAUAUUUUCGAUCAUAAUAAUAACAAAGAAUGAGGUGUAAAACAUGUGUAAGAAUAAAUAAUAAGUCAUUCAUAUCAAGAUAAAUAAAGUUGAUUUACAUUAAAAAUGGAAGAAAAGAAAGACGAAGUAGUUUCGACACAAAAGAAACUUCAAGCGUCACAUGACCCAGGUUGGAAUGAUCCACCAAAAUGGGCGUUCACUCCAACACCAGCUACUGGCAGUACACCAACAAAAAGAUUAUUAAACAAACGUGUUGCAUUUCCUUUGAAUUCAUCAACUGGACCCGCUAGUCAGUCUAGUCAAGUCUUAGGUUCAAAUCUUCCACCUCCGAUGCUUCCAAGCCCAGGACCGGGACAAGUUUUAACCUCAGUACCUCACGCUCCUCUUCUAGCUCCGUCGAAUGUUUCAACAGAUGCUACUUCGUCGACGGUUGACAAACAGCAGUCACUGACUGACAGUAUUAAUAAUUUCCAGAAGAUUAUUGAUAGCAAACUUGAAAAUGGUGAUAAAACUGAGGAAGUCAAACGGCGACUAGAUGUCAUGAAGACCAUGUGGCUCGAUGAUAAACUAAACAGUCAGAUACAUGAAAAAAUGUUGGAGUUAUCUGAAGCAUUACUGCGCAACGACAUAGAAACAGCAGAUAAAAUUCAUGUUUUUUUAAUGACGAACCACACAGCAUUAUGCAAUGCAUGGAUUUCUGCUAUAAGAUACUUAAUUUUAGCUCUAAAAGAUAAAAAUUUUUCUGAAAAUUCUAACACCCAGCCUGAACCUAUCUUGUUACUAAAUUCUACAGAAUUUAAUUAAGUUAUUACUAUAAAUAAUUGUAAGCAGCCCUGUGAGUGAAAUAUUAAAAUAAAAUUUGUUAUUUAAUACAAA